CUUCCCACGCCCCAGCGCGCCGUGGGAUAGUGGCGCUAUAAAGUAUAUCCUCUCUCGGAGGAAAGAUAAGAAGCGGAAGACUGAGGAGAGAGAGAGAGAGAAGAGAGAGAGAGAGAGAGAGAGAGAGAGAGAGAGAGAGGGGGAUGAAGAUGGCGGACGCCAAGCAGAAGAGGAACGAACAGCUAAAGCGGUGGCUAGGCUCAGAGACGGACCUCGAACCGCCGAUCCUCAAAAAGAAGAAGACGAAGGUGAAGUUCGACGACGGCGCCGUGUUCCUGGCUGCCUGCUCCAGCGGCGACACCGAGGAGGUGCUCCGCAUGCUGGACCGCGGCGCCGACAUCAACUACGCCAAUGUAGACGGUCUCACCGCCCUCCACCAGGCUUGCAUAGAUGACAACGUUGACAUGGUGACCUUCCUCGUGGAGCAUGGAGCCAGCAUCAACCAGCCUGACAACGAGGGUUGGAUCCCACUCCAUGCCGCAGCCUCCUGUGGAUACAUGGACAUAGCAGAAUAUCUGAUCAGUCAGGGGGCCAGUGUAGGAGUUGUGAACAGCGAGGGCGAGACGCCUUUGGACAUUGCUGAAGAGGAGGCAAUGGAGGAGCUCUUGCAGAACGAGAUCAACCGACAAGGAGUGGACAUCGAGGCAGCCCGGAAGGAGGAGGAACGCAUCAUGCUGCGGGAUGCCCGACAGUGGCUCAACAGUGGCCAAAUCCAGGAUGUUCGACAUGCCAAGUCGGGAGGAACGGCACUCCACGUUGCUGCUGCAAAGGGAUAUGUUGAGGUUUUAAAGCUCUUGAUCCAAGCAGGGUAUGAUGUAAAUAUUAAGGACUAUGAUGGCUGGACUCCGCUCCAUGCAGCUGCACACUGGGGCAAAGAGGAAGCCUGCAGGAUCCUAGUGGAGAAUCUAUGCGACAUGGACCUCAUCAAUAAAGUGGGUCAGACAGCUUUUGAUGUAGCAGAUGAAGAUGUUCUUGGCUACUUAGAAGAGCUACAAAAGAAACAAAAUCUGUUAAUGAGCGAGAAGAAGGAUGUUAAGAAGUCUCCCUUGAUAGAAACGACAACCACAGGGGACAACAACCAAUCAUUGAAACCACUCAAGAGCAAAGAGACACUACUCCUGGAGCCAGAGAAGACUGCCCCACGCAUCGAGACCUUGGAACCAGAAAAGGUGGAUGAAGAAGAGGAGGGGAAGAAGGAUGAGUCAAGCUGCUCAAGUGAGGAAGAGGAGGAAGAAGAUUCCGAGUCAGAAACUGAAGCAGACAAGAGCAAGCCUGCAGCUCCAGUGAGCAACAGCACAACGCCCACCUCGGCCAGCAUUACGGUGUCAUCACCAGCCAGCCCUACCAACCAGGUGACCUCCCCCACCUCGCCUGUCAAGAAGGUCACCCAGCCUACCGCAAAGGUCUCAGCCAAAGUGGAGGAGGAGAGGAAGGACGAGUCUCCGGCGUCAUGGCGCCUAGGUCUCAGAAAGACGGGCAGCUACGGAGCGCUGGCGGAAAUCACAGCCACCAAGGAGGCUCAGAAGGAUAAGGACAUGGCAGGAGUGAUGCGCUCAGCCUCCAGCCCCCGCCUCUCGUCCUCUUUGGACAACAAAGACAAAGACAAGGAAAAGGACAAAGGAACCCGUCUUGCCUAUGUGGCCCCUACCAUCCCCAGGAGACUGGCCAGUACAUCAGACAUUGACGAGAAGGAGAACAGGGACUUGGCUGCUAGUCUGGCACAUAGUGGCUCCCGGCGACGCUGGGAUGACGACUUGAAGAACAACGAAGGCAGUGCCUCCACCAACCGAACCCCCAGCUACCAGCGCAGCACGUCCCACACGCUAGCGCUAGGGCGGAGCGGCAGCACGCGGGACGUGCCAGCCAAGUCUUCGUCCACCUCCAGCUUGGACCCUAACACCUGUAACACUAAACCCUGGCAACCACCCACCUCCCACUACCAGUCUUACAGCAUUUAUCGCAGUGGCUCGUUUGGCAGGAGACACGAGGAUCUGAGCUCCUCGACCACCUCCUCCUCCUCCACGACCACCACCACCUCAUCCGUUACCUCACCCACGGGCCACCGUGGCCUGCUCUCCAGCCUGGGCUCCUCCUCCACCCGCAGCGGCUCCACCAGUCUCACCAGCAGGUACUGGACAGAGGAGAGCGCUGAGCGGGAAAAGGAGAAGGAGUCAGCAGCAAUCAUCCCCACCAUAAACACUGGCUCCACCACACACACGUCCUCCACCACUACCGCAUCUACCACCACCUCCACUGGCACUGUCAUUGGUUCCGACGGCAGGGAAAGACGCAGGUCUUACCUGACGCCUGUGCGAGAUGAGGAGUCUGAGUCCCAGAGGAAAGCCCGAUCCAGACAGGCUCGGCAGUCCAGGAGGUCCACCCAGGGUGUGACCCUGACUGACCUCCAAGAGGCAGAGAAGACCAUUGGCAGGAGCCGCACGGUGCGUAGCCGGGAGGAGGAGAAGGAGAAGGAGGACAAAGAGAAGCAGGACAAGGAGAAGCAGGAAGACAAGAAGGAGACGGAGACCAAGGAAGAUGAUUACCGGUCGAGGUACCGCAGCUUUGAAGAGCGCUACCGGCCUUCCUCUUCCACAACCUCCACCACUUCCUCGGUCAGCACUGCUUCCACCCCAUCCUCCUCCAGCACCACCCUGUCCUCCAGCUCCCUCAACAGGCCCAACAGCCUGUUGGGCAUCACCUCUUCCUACAGCCGUUUGUCCAGGGACACGGAGAAAGAAAUGGACAAAAAAGAGGAGGAGAAAGAGGGCGAGGACAGGUCCCAGCCCCGCUCCAUACGGGACCGCCGGCGGCCACGUGAGAAAAGGCGCUCCACCGGGGUUUCCUUCUGGACCCAAGACAGUGAUGAAAAUGACCCUGACCAGCAGUCCGACUCGGAGGAAGGCAGCACUAAGGGGGAGCCUCAGAGCGACAGACUGUCUAGUCAUUCAUAUUUUAGGAAUGAGAGCAGCACUUCAUUCUCCGAUCGCAAUGACACCCUGGGUAGCCGUGGCUAUGGUGAAGGUCGGAGGCCAUAUUCUAGCAGGCUGGAAAGAGAUGACACCACUGACUAUAAGAAGCUCUACGAGCAGAUCUUAGCUGAGAACGAGAAGCUGAAGGCCCAGCUACGUGACACGGACCUGGAGCUGGCGGACUUGAAGCUACAGCUAGAGAAGGCCACACAGAGGCAGGAACGUUACGCUGACCGAUCACAGCUUGAAAUGGAGAAAAGGGAAAGAAGAGCUCUAGAAAGGAAGAUCUCUGAGAUGGAGGAGGAACUCAAGACACUACCAGACUUGAAAGCAGACAACCAGAGACUAAAGGAUGAGAAUGGAGCCCUCAUUCGAGUCAUUAGCAAGCUCUCCAAGUAGAACAUGCCCCAACCACCCCCCCACCCCCACUGCCCGUCUUCUGCACCACCCCACCCCAACUCCCCCAUGGCAGUGACUAAUGGAAUUGCACAUUUAGAUAUUAAUUGCAACAGACAUCAGAGAUGAGACCCCCACCACCCCAACUCUUAAUAUCCCCUUUGCUCCUCCUCCACCACUGCAGCGUCCGCUCAUCCAUCCAUUCCUUUCUGCCUCCUCUUAGAUGAUAAUCCACUCGGGUCUGUGGCUGCUGACCAGAUAGAACCAGAACCACUUGAGUUUACAGAGUGAAUGGAGUGAACGGGUUGUGAACAGCAUGUUAAAAGCUUUGUGGGCGGGGAAACCUGAAAACUAUUUAACCAAUAAGCCUUAGUUGUACAUAACAAAAGAAACACUUGCAUCAAUCUCUCUCUCUCUCGUCCUCUCUCUCAUGCUCUCUCUCGCUCUCUCCCUCUCUCUCUCUCUUGGCUGUCACUGAAGUUAUCCAACACCAGAUUUUAUUUGUGCCACAAUCUCUUAGCUGACGCAAUUUUUUUGUUUUUUUUUUGUUGUUCUUGCUCCUUUUUCCGGUGUAAGUGUUGUGUGCUGUGCAGUUUCCCCCCUUAAGCCCCCCUCCCCUUUUAAGUGCCAGUUCUGCCCCAUGUGAAGGCUCUGCCCCUUUUAGCAAAAGAAGUCUUUGUUGCCCCCCCCCCCCCCGGUGACCAAACGAUUGCCACUGAUUCAAUAUUACCCUCCCACACCCAAUCCACCACAACCACCGACCCCCCACGGAGCCUCCUCUUCUUAAUGUUCCUCUCUGCGUGUUCCUCCAAGAGGGAAAAAAAGGAAUUCUCGCUUUACAGAAACGAGGUGGACCUGGUGGAAUUUAAGCUUUCACUGUAUGUGCAAUAUGCAUUUCUUCUUUUUAUUUUUAAAAAAAAAAUGCUUUAAUGAGUCCAUCACAAGUAGGAUUUUCACUCUUCCCACCGCUUCCAUCGCUCACCUUCCUCCUCCCGUUUUUUUUUUCUUUUUAGUUUGUAGUGUAGUCGGUUUAUACUCUGUAUUUCUCACUUCAUUUUAGCAGGUACUGAGUGAUGCUGUAUAUACCUGUAUGUAUUGUUUUGAGACCAGCACAUGGCAUGCGUUUAUGGUUCCUGUCUGUUACUAUUAAAAUUAUACAAAUUCCAGAGGACAAAAGUUGUGUUUUUAAUUAUUUUCUUUAAUAGUCUAAAGACAUUGGAUUACAAGUAGGGCCUCCCCCUUAAAGGGCUGGCUGGCAGUGUUCAGUGCUUCUUUUUUUUCCAGUUUAAAAAAGUGUUCACAUAAUUGUGAGAUUAAAUAAUAUAAUUGCUUCACUACAUUUCACACAUUGUAUCCAGUAUCUUUGGAAGAGUGCUGUUCAUUUUUUUUCCUUUUAAGCGGUAGUAUUAUAGCCAAGGUGUUGUCACUAAAAAAAAAAAAAAACUUAGGUAUCGCUAACAAGAGUCCAUUUUUUGAAAAAAAAAUUAUUUUAUUUUUUUUAACAAUGUCUACAUGCACUGUCAAUGCCAUGUGAGGAAUCUCGAUGUCAGGUUAAAACAACUUGCCACCAUCAAAUAGUCCAUGCAUCUGAAAACACAUUUUAUGCAUUUCAGUGGCCUUUUAAAUAUAUUUUAGAAGAAGAAAAUAAAGUCGCUGCAGAUGGACUGUUGACCAUCUAUUCUUUGAUUCAGUUUUUUUUUAAUGUUUUUUUUUUCUUUUUACUUUUUUCCGUUGUCUUGUAAAAUAGGUGUGUGGCUUCAUACAUGCAAGCUGUGCUGUGACUACCAACCACUGAAGAGCUCAUUAAAAAUAAACUUGUACAUUGUAA